AUCCCAUCCAUAUAGACAGAACAAUGAGCCAAUCAAUCCACCACAUAGCCCAAACCGGCUUCUCAGACGCCUCAUCCUACAACAAACACCGGCCAACGUACACGGCUCACGAAACAGAUCUGAUCCUCAAGCGCACCAGCCUCGCAGGUCGACAAAACCUAAAACUAGUUGACCUCGCAGCAGGCACGGGUCUAUUUACCGAAGCUCUUGCAGCAAGACCGGAGGGAUAUGAAAUCAUUGCGGUUGAGCCGCAUGAUGAGAUGAGACGGGAAUUAGAAGGGAAGGAGUUGAAAGGUGUAAAAGUUGUGAAAGGGUUUGCGCAGGAAUUACCGAUUGAGAGUGGGAGUGUGGACGGGGUUUUUGCUACGCAGGCGUUUCAUUGGUUUGCUACUCUGGACUCACUGAAGGAAAUCAGACGCAUACUCAAACCAGACGGUUAUUUGGGUCUGAUAUGGCAUGUCGAUGACUGGAACGCAUACAAGUCUGACCCAGUAAGAAGCAACUGGGAAGAAAUGAUCAAAUCACACAUUUGGUCCCAUGAUGACAACGUCCCACGUUUCCGGCACGGAAUCUGGCGAAACGUCUUUGACGAAGAAAGGCAGACGUACUUUGAGACUCCGAUUCAUGAAGAGCGUGAGGAGCAUACGCAGUGGCGGUGUGUGGAAGCGAUUUGGGAUAGGUUGCAGACGUAUAGUAUAUUUUCUACGGCUGAGGAGGGUGUGCUGAGGGAUUUCAAGGAGAAGUUUGAUGGGACUCUCAGAGAAGUGCCGAAAAAUGAGGCUGGAGAGGUGGUUGUUCAUGGGAGAACGCAGUAUGCAUGGACGAAAGCACUGUGAUUUUAUAGAGGGUAUGUCUUUAUAGAUGCUUGACCUUUUGGAGAGCACCUUACAUAUCUGCUCCAAUACUUUGUAUACAUCCUGAUAUUGGUCUGGCGGCGUUCAUAAACGUUGUAUUUCAUUAUCUACCUAUACAACCUCCUUAAUUUCCUCCCUUACACGCCGGUGUAUAUUUGAGGAUUUACAAUUGAGACACCUCGGGCUGUCCCCUCGAUUGACUCGAAGACAAAAUAGGAUAAUCCACUAGCUAAACUGCAGCGUCCCCUUGAGUUCCGGAGUCUUAUCACCAAUGCGACUCAUCUCAGCCCAAUUGAAGUCCUUAUCCCAAUCAUUACCGAACCCCACUGGUGAAACAGUCUCGGCCUCUGGCGGAGCGGAAUCCGUCAGCGGCAAGCUAAGGUGCCGACUCAAGGGGGCUAACAUUGACGGGAGAGUUUGCCCGAUCUUCGCUAGUAAGAGUGGAAGAAACUUUGUAUCUCCACCCGGUAGACCGUGG